CUAUGGUGCCCGCCCCACAUGAUUUUUGUUCUAAUUUCGCGGGAGCAGAGAGGAGACAUGCCGCCUGUCCGCCUCUCCUCUCUCUUUCUCUCCUCUCCUCUGCCAAGCCAGCAGCCACACCACGUGUAGGCGAAGCUUCUCUCCUCCUAUUUUAUAUGCUCUUCCACAGCUGCUCUCCCCCCGUCCCUUCCCCUUACGAACUUAGCCCCUCUUCUCUGUCUCUCUCUCUUGCUUAACCAAAACAUUCACAUUUCAUAGCGAACAAACUUUGGCUAUGGCGACGAAGCGUGGAUGGUUCAAGAGGCUGAACAAGGACUACAGCUGGCCGUGGAAGCUCCGCUUCUCCACCUCCUGGCGGUGGAAGCGCGUCACCCUCCGCUUCUCCUUCUUCGACGACGUCGUCUUCCACGUUCUCUACUUCCUCGAAGCCAUCUUCCUCGUCGCUGCCUUCAUCUGCUUCUUCCUCUGCUGCGGCUGUCACAUCUAAUCCUUCCCUCCAUUGUCUCUCCUCUGUCGCUCUCUGUAUAUCAUCGUUUGUUUAUUAACUAAAAGAAAAGAACGAUUUUGCCCUUCUCUUCCUUUACAAAGCGAGAACGUUAUGUUCGAUUGGUGUGGUGGGAGUUUGUAUCAUAUUGUAUUGUAUUGUAUUGUAUUGAUUGAUGGAGAGCGAAGGUUAUCCGACACCGAUUCGGCCCGGUCUGACUCGGGUUGGCUGGAUCGGAACCGGGGUCAUGGGCGCCGCCAUGGCCGGCCGGAUCCAGUCCGCCGGCUACGCUCUCACCGUCUACGCCCGGACUCCUUCCAAGGCCGCCCACCUCGCCCGGUUCGGCGCCCGGAUCGUCUCCUCCCCGGCCGACGCCGCCCGGUCCAGCGACGUCGUCUUCACCAUGGUCGGCCACCCCUCCGACGUCCGCUCCACCGUCCUCGACCCCACCUCCGGCGUCCUCUCCACCCUACCGGUCGGUGGCGUCCUCGUCGACACCACCAGCAGCGACCCGGCCCUCGCGCGCGAGAUCGCGGCGGCGGCCCGGUCCAAGGGCUGCUGGGCCAUCGACGCGCCCGUCUCCGGCGGGGACGUCGGAGCCCGGGAGGGCAGACUCGCGAUCUUCGCCGGAGGCGACGAGAAGGUGAUCGAGUGGCUCUCGCCGGUGUUCGAGAUCAUGGGAAAGGCGACGCGGAUGGGGGAGGCCGGGAGUGGGCAGAGCAGCAAGAUAGCCAACCAGAUCGUCGUGGCGGCGAAUCUUCUUGGGCUGAGCGAGGCGUUGGUGUUCGCCGAGGAGGCGAGGCUGGGGAAGAGAACUUUCUUGGAGGCGUUGAAGGGCGGGGCGGCGGCGUCUAGCGUGAUCGAGAUCUUUGGGGAGAGGAUGAUCGAUAGGGACUUCACGGCUGGGGGGUUUGUGGAGUAUAUGGUGAAGGAUUUGGGGAUGGGGUUGGGACGAGGUGAGGUGGAGGAAGACGGGGAGAGGGUGGUGUUGCCGGGGGCGGCGCUGUGCCAGCAGUUGUGCCUGGGGAUGGUGGCUGGUGGAGAUGGGAAGAUGGGGAUUCAAGGACUUGUUACUGCCAUUGAGAGGAUCAAUGGGAAGAAGGGUUAGAGUGCAGAGCUUCAUGGAGUACUUGUGAUCAUGUUUGUGUUUCUUACCGUUGUUUUGGUGGGUAACACGAGAUUGAUUGAAUGUCCUGAUGCUUCUAUUUGGGUAGUGUUUGCGAGCGCAAGUGUUGCUCGGUCCCUAGAAAAUGUUUAGACUUGGUAUUGCUUUCUUGAGUGGUUAUUAGAUAUGCUUGUCCUUUGUUGCCUCAAUAAAGCUGGAUGGGCUUGCCUCCCCCUUCUUUGUUUUCUUUGUUCCCCUUAAAAAUAGAGGUGUUGUGGUGACUAGAAUGUGAUUAUGUUUGUGGGCUGCUAAUUGUUGUGGUUUGAAUUUUUAAAUGAAUGAGUAUCUAAAAUAUCUUUUUCUUUGUU